AAAGAAGUCGUCCUUCUUCUCCACAAAAAAAGCCACCGCAACAGUUCUCAAAGCUGUCCAACGGACUCUGACAGCCUGUUCUCUUCUUUGUGGGUGUAUAUAACUCCGCCUACCCGUUUCCCUCUUACCAACCAACGCAGCCAUCAGCUCCGCUUCAAGACUCGAGCUUUUUGAGUCCUCUUUGCUUCUGUUUGUUUGGAAGACCGAGCGAUGGCCGAGGAGACCAAGACGGAGGCACCAGAGGCGGCUCCCGCCGAGGAGGUUGUCGUCGCGGAGGUGGCGGCCGCGGAGAAGGAGGUUGUUGAUGAGCCGCCGCCGCCGCCUGCGCCUGAGCCUGAGCCUGCCCCCGAGGUGCAAAAGCCGACCAAGAAUCCGGCUUUGGAAGUCGCGUUGGCCGCUGAGGCGGCGGCCGAGGCGGAGGAGAAGAAGGCCGCGGCGCAGGAGGCGGAGGCGGCUGCUAAGGCCGCCACCAUCCUCCAAGCUGUCUCCUUUAAGGAGGAGAGCAACCUCGCUUCCGACCUCGAUGACCCCGAGAAGAAGGCCCUCGAGGAGCUCAAGCAGCUCGUCCAGGCCGCUCUCGCCAAUAAUGAAUUCUCCCCUCCUCCUCCUCCGCCGCCGCAACCGGCCCCCGCUGCCGCUGCACCCACAUCUGCUGAGGAACCUCCUUUCAAGGCGGAGGAGGCCAAGGCUGUAGAGGAACCCGCUGCUACCCCGGUGGAAGAGCCCGAGAAGGCCGUGGCGGAGGAGGCCAAGGCUGAGGCGGAACCCGCUGCUACCCCGGUGGAAGAGCCCCAUAAGGCCGUGGCGGAGGAGGCCAAAGCUGAAGCGGAACCCGCUGCUACCCUGGUGGAAGAGCCCCAGAAGGCUGUGGUUGAGGAGGCCAAGGCUGAAGCGGAACCGGCUGCUACCCCGGUGGAAGAGCCCCAGAAGGCCGUGGCGAAGGAGGCCAAGGCUGAAGAGGAACCCGCUGCUACCCCGAUAGAAGAACCCCAGAAGGCCAUGGUGGAGGAGUCGGCCCCACCGGCCAAGGAGGAAGAGGCCGAGAAGCCGGCGCCGGCGUCGGCGUCUCCUACGGCGGAGAAGGCCAUCGUGGUGGAUGAUGACGGCGCCAAGACCGUUGAAGCCAUAGAGGAAACCGUCGUCCCCGUCUCCGCUCCACCACCCGCAGAGACCGAGGCACCGGCGGCCGAAGCGCCGAAGGCGGAGAAGGAAGAGGAAAAGUCACCUGCUCCUCCCACCGAGCCGACUCCACCGGCGCCGGAGGAGGUCUUCAUCUGGGGCGUCCCGCUCCUCGGCGACGAGCGGAGCGACACCGUUCUCCUCAAGUUCCUCCGCGCCCGGGACUUCAAGGUGAAGGAAGCCAUGGCCAUGCUCAAGAACGCCGUGCUCUGGAGGAAGGAGUUCGGCAUCGAGGCACUCCUCGAAGAGGACCUCGGCGUCCUGGAGAUGGAGAAGGUGGUCUUCAUGCAUGGAGUCGACAAGGAGGGCCACCCCGUGUGCUACAACGUCUACGGGCAGUUCCAAAACAAGGAGCUUUACGCAGCAGCCUUCGCCGAUGAGGAGAAGAGGAAGCGGUUCUUGAGGUGGAGGAUUCAGUACCUGGAGAAGGGUAUAAGAAACUUGCUUGACUUCAAGCCGGAAGGGGUUUCAACAAUGGUGCAGGUCACUGAUCUCAAAAAUUCCAUUGGCCUGGCAAAGAAGGAGCUCCGCCAGGCUCUCGACCUGCUUCAAGAUAACUAUCCCGAGUUUGCAGCCAAGCAGGUGUUCAUCAAUGUCCCCUGGUGGUACCUGGCUUUCAACAGGAUGAUUAGCCCAUUCUUUACACAGAGGACCAAAAGCAAGUUCGUCUUUGCAGGGCCAUCUAAAUCAGCUGAGACUCUUUUCAAAUACAUAGCUCCCGAGCAAGUCCCUGUUCAAUUUGGAGGCCUGAGCAAGGAGAAUGACACAGAUUUCAGCACCGCUGAUGCUGUUAUAGAGACAACCAUUAAGCCCUCAACAAAGCAAGCGAUCGAGAUUCCAGUUACUGAGUCAUGCAUUCUUGUUUGGGAGCUUCGUGUUCUGGGUUGGGACGUGAAUUAUGGUGCUGAGUUUGUGCCUAGUGCCGAAGACGGAUACACAGUGAUUGUGCAGAAGUCGAGGAAGAUGGUCGUGACCGAUGAGCCUGUGGUGAAGGACAGCUUCAAAAUUGGAGAGGCUGGCAAGGUGGUUCUCACAGUGGACAACACCACCUCCAAAAAGAAGAAACUCCUCUACAGAUACAAGACCAAGAGCUCUAGUGAUUCAAUUUGAGGUGCUUGCUGUUGCCCAAUCGUGAAAACCGAAAGAAGACAUAGCGCUUUCUGUUGAUUACAUAGAGAGUUCUAGCACUUUACGUUCAUGGAUUUUGUGUUGAGUUAAUUGUUUUGCAUGAUCUAAGUGGAUGGAUGCUGUUCUUUGCGAGUCAGAAUUCGUUUUGUGGAAAUAGGUACAAUGAGGACCUCUCUUGCUGCUGUCCUGUAAAUUAAAUCUUGUAUACAUGCUGUCUGUCAUAUGAUUUUUGCUUGUGUUCAGAGUUCCAGCCAUGAGAGCUGCUAUCUGCUGUCUAAGUUCUUCAUUUCCUUCUUGGUUCCGUCAUUUGGAAGUAUAUUAUCUAUUUGCUGUCUUCUUCAA